UUUUUAUUAUUUCAUCAACGUAUUCAGAUUGCAUAAUUAGCGUUUAUGCAAUACUUUCAUUGUGAUUUUAUGGCCGUAAAAUUCUGAUGGAAAACACAAACGCUCAAGAGAGAAGCCCCGUCAACCCUGACGCAGGGUCAGAGUCCAUUGUCAAGGAAGAUAACCCUGAAGACUGGGAGACUGAUGAAGAUACAGAGGAUGAUGAUGAUAAUGAAGAUGAUGACGAUGGUGAUGACCACGACGAUGAAGAAGAUGAUGAGAGUACAGAGGAAGACUCGGGGGAGGAGACGGAGGAUUACGAGUUUGAAGAAGAAGAAGAGGAGGAAGAAGGGGGAGAAACCUGUCCUAUCUGUCUAGACAGACUCAGGGACCAGGACCUCGGCACCCCCGAGUCAUGUGAUCAUACGUUCUGUCUCGAGUGUAUACAGGAAUGGUCCAAGAAUGUUAACACAUGCCCUGUGGAUAGACAAGUUUUUCAUCUGAUAUUUGCAAAACAUCCUGGGCAAGAUGCAAUAUUUAAAAGGAUUACAGUGGCAGAUAAACAGCAGGAUGAUCCAGAAGAGGAGGAGGAUCCUAUAUUUUGUGAGGCAUGUGGUAGAAGUGAUAGAGAGGACAGGCUUCUUCUCUGUGAUGGCUGUGAUUUAGGGUACCACUGUGAGUGUUUGGAUCCACCCCUGGCUGAGGUGCCAGCGGGGGAGUGGUUCUGUCCUGAUUGUGAAGCACUACAUGAAAGGGAGAGAGAAGGGGGAGCAGCAGAAGUGGUGAAUGACGAUGAGGAGAUUUAUCACAUCAUUCAGGAGAACGGUGUCCUCCCCCACUCCCUCCGACCCAGGGUACACAGACGACAGGUCGCCCGGACACGCAUGAGUGAACGAAUCUUCCAACACAUCCAGGAAAUCAGACGUAGCAGAUUUAACAGGAGAAUGAUUAUUUUGUCAGACUCGGAAAGCUCCUCAGAGGGGGAAAAUGUACUUAGCGAGAAUGAAAGCAUUGAUGAAGAUGCUCCAUCUACAAGUACAACCUCUGCAUCCAGGAGAACACCGGCUAAAAAGCCAAAGAAAAAAGUGGUAAAACGCAAAACUAAGACCAAGAGGAAAUCUAAGGGCAAAGGAAAGCGUACUACAAAGAAGUCUAAGGGAAAGCAACCAGCAAAGAGGAAAGGCAAAGGCAAAAAAAGGAAAACCCGCAGAAGUAAGAAGUCCACUGGUAAAAGGAAGAGGACUGGUAGAAAGAAAUUAGUAAGAAGAGUGUUACCGGAGGCACCAGUGACUACAGUCAAGUCAAGAAUUGCUAAAAGCUUGGGACUCUCCAAACCUCCUACAGGUCGGACUAUACCUCUACAGAAACGCCCCAGAGAGAGGGCCGAAGAUUAUGGCCCUGCACCACUUCACAUAUUAGGGGCGCCUAAUGAUCUCAUUUAUUUUCAUGAUGAAGAAGAUGAUGAUCAGCCUAGUACCUCGGGAUAUUCCUCAAACUCAGGGAAGAAAGCUAAAACCUCCUACAACAUGUCAAAUGUCAACUUCUCCACAGAAGAAAUCAUGAGAAGAACUCCUGUAGUUAGACUAACGAUGGACUCGUCUCUCAGGUUCCGACCCAAUGAGGAUUCUACCCUGGGGUCCCCCUCCAUCAGCACCACCAGCGCCCCCUGUGAUCUGUUAGGGAGUAUAUUUCAGAGUCAGCAAAUGCUCCACAUGAAAACAGACAGGAUUAAAAUUCACAGAGAUGGUUCCCUGUCUGCAUUGAAGUCCGACUCUAUGGAGGAGAAGUCUAAAUCAUCAGGGAGUAAGGACGACGAUGACCCUGCCUCCGUGAGUUCACUCACACCCCCCUCAGAUCCCACUGACGCCGGGGCGGGGAGUAGAUUUCUCCGUCUUCCAAUAUUUGCCGGAUCCUCUAACAUGGAGUUAGAUGACAAGGUCGAUAUUCCGGAGGAGCCAGUGGUAAUCCCCCUGGAGGAGAAGGAGGAGGACGAUGAUGGCCUGGGGGAUUCCCUGUGGACAAUUCAGAAACGUCAGGAAAGUACCACCCAGGGCAAGGAGGAAAAAUCCGAUAAUUCUAAACUAGAGGUUACAAACACUGUGUCAGGUAGUGAUAGGUCUAAGGUUAAACCGGACAGUGAAGACCGUGAUUCUGUUAAAACAGGUGACAAAAGUAGUGAAGGAUCUUCCUCUAGUAAAGGAAACAGUGAGACAAAGACACUGAAAGGGAAAUCUGAGGAUGGAAACUUUAAGUCGAGCAAGUUGGUUGUAAGUGGAAAAUCCAAGACCCCUGGGAAGGAGAAGGGCAGGAACUACCGAUCUAAGCAGACCUUCUUAAAUACAAGUAAAAGUGGUACUAGUGCGGAAUUAUAUUCAGAUAUCGAGGAUGAUAUUGAGUUACCAAAGUCUCGUUCAUCAUCCGAUAAAAAUUCCCACAAGGACAGUGAUAAACAUACAAAGCACAGUGAAACUAAACAGAAAACUAAAUCUAGUUCUAGUAAAACACAUAAACCUAAUACUAGUGACUUGUUUGAUGAUCAGACACAGGACAGUUUGAUUGAGAAUAUAGAAGACGCGGAGGAUUUUAAGUUAGAAAAGUCUCCCAAACCUGGUGAAUUCCCUGUGUUACAUAACCCCGUCGUGGAGGAUGUUAAGUUUGAGUACGAGGACUCUAAUGACUCUGUUCCCAGUACAUCCUGGUCUGACGCCGGGAUUGGAAGUGCCAUCAUAACCAAGGAACAAUAUAAUGAUGACAAAUGGCGAGUUGACAAAGUGCGUUUCCUGGAUCGAGAGAUGGAUUGUAAAAAUGUAUCUUCUAAAAGCGACAGGAAAUCUCCAAGAAGCUCAAGGAAAAGGUCAGAGUCGAAAGGCAAGGAGCAGGAUCCAGGGCUGUUAAUCACAGUGGCUGGAGACUCGGAGGAUAGGAGUGUAGCCGAGAAGACCGAGAAAAACAUUGAGUUAUACGGACAAAAGGUGUCCAGGAAAGACGAUCCUGAAAGACGAUCCUCUAAAGACGCCAAAGACAAGACCAGUAAAUCAAAGUCUUAUAGGGAAGAGGAGUCGUAUAAAAAGGAGGACUUAGAUAAUUACAAAUCUAAAUCACGCAAGCAUCGCUCUAGAAGUCGAUCAAGGGAGAGAAAGAGGAGGUCAAGGUCUCGGGAAAGAAAAGAUAGGUCAAGGUCUCGAGAAAGAAGAGAAAGGUCAAGAGAGAGACGAGACGUCUCUAGGUCAGGAGAAAAAUCUUCAAGGUCAAGGGACAGAAGAGAAAGGUCAAGGUCACUGGAAUAUAAAUCAAGAGAAAGGCGCUCCAGGUCAAGGUCUCGUGAUAGAAGGGAACGUUCAAGGUCAAAAGAGAGAAGGGAUCGGUCAAGGUCUCGUGAAAGAAAAAAAUCUAGACGUGAUCGAUCGAGGUCUAUAGAGAGGAGGCAUGAAAGAUCAAAAUCUACUGAAGGGAGAAGGUCAAAAUCUUUAGAACGAUCAAGUAAAAAAAGUAGAAGUGAAAAAUCUAGUGAGAAGCAUAGAGAUAGAGACUCUAAAUUAAGUAGAAGUCCUCACAGGCGAGAGAGUGAGGAUAAUCCACGUCAAAAAGAGGAAAAACUUGAUGUGUUUAGUUCUGGUAUAAAACGUCUUCAUGAUGGAAAAGAGAAAAAAGCCAAAAAAAUAAGAACAACUGAGACUGAGCCAAUAGUGAUUUUAUCUGAUGAAGAACAAGAUCAUAUACCAAAGAAAAAAUCUGAACAAAGCUCUGGAAAACCCAAACAUAAUUCAGGUGAUAAAUCAUCUAAUAAAAUUGAACCUAUAAUUACUCCGCGUUCAUCCUCAAGUCGGCGAUCCAAGGAAACGAGGGAACUGACACAGCCUCCUCUUCCACCUCAAGAAGAUAUGGUCCCCCCACCCAUGCCUCCUGUCAUGACCAAUAUCAAAGUGUUAACUGACACCAGCGUGUCCAAAAAAUAUCCAAGUAAACCUCACCAGGCAGAAAUUGUAGAAGAUAAUGUUGAAAAAGAGGACACCAGAGUAAAAGAGGUUGCAGAAAGUCAAGAUUUUGAUGAGGAGGAUGAAGAGUUGGCGUAUGAUCCAGCAUUUCCAACAGUGGAUAUGGAGGAAUCACCAACAGAGGAUCCACCCAUUGUGUUAGAGGAGGCAGCUGAACCAUUCCAAAUGCAUGUCAGUCCACUGAUUCAUACAGACCUUCCUAUGCAAAGCAUUUCACCUCUCCCUGGGCCACCCCCGCCUCCAAUGCCUGGCCAAGGACUGCUAGGGGACCCAUCUAUCCUCCUCCCAACAUCAGUAGGGGAGCCACCCCAGCCUCUGUUACAGGGGGCAGGACAGCAAAUCCCUCUCCAGAUCCGCAUGUUACCCCCAGGGUUUGCAGCUCAGCAGCCAGGUGGCCUGCCACCACAGAGACAGUUAAUCGUAAAUCACCCAGUUUUUAUUAAUCGACCAGCAACAUUUCCUCAUCUCCAGCAACUCCCAGCAGGACACCCUCUUCAGCCUCGUCUUGUUUCCACUCCAGCAGGUAUGGUUACUAUGCAGAACCAGUUCAACCCACGAAUACCUUCACUGGUGUCACUACCAGGACAGCAAGGGCUUCUCAAUGGUGCAUUAGAUCAUUUACCACAUGAACCUCCCCUAAUUUUAGCAUCAGAUCCUCGUGGAGACCCUAGAUUGCAUCAUCCACCUCAUCCAGAAUCUCACGUGAUCUCUUUACGACCAGAGGUACCUGUGGUACCCAUGUCUGUUCCUGAAGGAAUGCCACUCCCUCUAGCAUCAAGUGAGGCUAUCUCCAUGAACAGACCAGACAUCAUUCCAUCAGCAUCACAGCUAGAACAGAUUUCACAGAUCACCAAGCUUCUUAACACACAGGCACAGCUGGCCAUGUUUGGAAAAGAAUCAAAAGGUUUAGAGCCUCAAGAACGUAAACCGGAAGUAAUGGAGCAGAAAAACAGCAACAGUGUGUUCAAAGUUCCCCUUCCCCCAAUCCUAACGCACACAAUUAACAAGGUGAAGUCAGAGAAGGAGAACUUGGAGAUGAUAGAUAUGGACAUGUCAUCACCUCAGGACAACGGGAACAUCGAGAUCCCCACCUCGUCGUCUGAGAAGUCGGAGAGGAGCAGGAAAAAGGACAAGAAGAGGAGCCACAGACACAGGUCUGAGGACCGACACAGGUCCUCCAGCCACGAGGACCGUGUGUCCUCCACCGUGGAGUCCCAGAGAACGUUUGAUCAGAUCAUGGAUGACAUGAACAGUGCUGACGAGAUUCCAUCCUCAGCCGUCGAGCUAACCAAUAAAGAAAAGUACCUCCGAAAGCUUCACCUACAGGAGAGGGUGGUAGAUGAAGUGAAGACAGCACUGAAACCUUUCUACAGCGCCAAGAAAGUCAAUAAAGAACAGUACAAGGAGAUCCUACGGCGGGCGGUGCCUAAGGUUUGCCACAGUAAAAGUGGAGACAUUAAUCCAGUCAAAAUUCGAGCUUUGGUUGAUGCCUACGUAGCCAAGUUUAACAGGAACAUGUCUCCCCCAAAGCUUGAGAAUGGAGACGAAGUGAAGAAAAAAUCCAAGUGAAGGAAUGACCGAAGAUCCGAAGAAUGUGUCACUGUCAGUAAAGCAGGUGUCUCAGAACGGCCGAGAGCCAAGUGUUCCUGUGUUAGUGUGAGGAUUGUGUGAACUUUAUCCUAUUCCACACAAAAAGACAUAGAGCCGCGUACUUAAUGAUACAUACAAGGUACUGCUAUAGGGCAGUUGUUCUGAACUUGGUUAUAUCACUUAACAAGGACAAAGUUCAGAGAGUUUUAAUUUGUAGCUAAUUGUUUGCAAAUUGACCCCCAUGGCAUGUUUUCUUAUUGUGAAAUGAAUGAUUUUGCAUUUAAUUAUAAAGAAAAAGACUUCACCUGGUGUAUCUCAGAUAGGGAUAUUAUCGGGUGUUUAGAUAGGUAAAUCCCUGAUGUUGUAGGGUUUCUGUGUUAUCAGAGACUAUGGUUGAGCUUUUUUUGAUAAUACAUGUACAAUUAUGACAUUUGA